UGCAUUUUUUCUUACUUUCUAUCGUUAUUUCUAUACUAUUAUUAUGUCAAAAGAAGAGAAAGAUACUAAGAUAACAAUUAAUGAAAAAGAAGAAGAGGAAUAUCAGCGUUCCUGCAUGAGGAAGAUCUCCCGGAUCGUGGUUCUACUUUUGAUUGGACUCCUUGCUACCUGCUAUUAUAUAUUUGUGGUGGAGCUGUGCAUAUUCACUGUACAGUUAUUAGAGGCAAAGGUGACUUUCCUGGUGAUUUUCCACCUUUUGUUCCUCCUGUGCGUGUGGUGUUAUCUCCGGACUGUUAUGACGCCUCCCGCUGUCCCUCCUGAAAAAUUCCGCCCAUCGGAGUCUGACAAGCAGCUGUACCUGAGUGAUGAGAGGCCACAAGUGCUGCAGGAGAUCCUCAUUCGUAUGGCUAAAGACUUGCAUAUUAAGAAGGCUGUAAGGUACUGUACCACAUGCCAUGUGAUAAAGCCAGACAGGUGCCACCAUUGCCCAGUGUGUAACGUCUGUAUACUGAAACUGGAUCAUCACUGCGGAUUUCUAAACAACUGUGUGGGAUUCUCCAACUACAAGUUCUUCCUCCUCGCUGUGAUGUAUGGAGUGCUAUUGUGCAUAUUCACUAGCGCAGUGUCGCUUUAUUGCUCCAUACUAUUCUGGACUCAUCAGCUGCCCAACAGCCCAUCCAAAGUCCCUAUCAUUGUGCUGUUCAGCCUGACCACAUUCUUCGCUAUAAUGCUAUUCCGACUUUUCCUUGAUCAUUUCGAACUGGCUCUAAGGAAUAUAACUGAUCGGGAGGACAGUGAUAACACAGAGGAGUUUAAUCCCUAUAACUUGGGCUUCAGCAAGAAUCUGAGAGAAGUGUUUGGCAAUGAAAAGAAAUACUGGUUCCUCCCAAUCUUCAGCAGUUUAGGAGAUGGCUUCUCAUUCCCAAUGGGUGAGGCCACAAUGGACAUAGAGAAAAAUGCUGCUAUUGCUGCCAAACCCCCAAGUGAGUCCAACAGUCAACUACUGGAAGUGAAAACCACCCAGAAAAGUUAG